CUGAUACAUAUGACCGUCAAUCCCUUAUCUAGACACGCAAAACCUCCCGUCUUCCCCACUUCCAAAUUGAUCAUUACAGUUUGAAACCAACCUGUCAGUUUUUGUCUGUGCAGAACCCCCAACUCUCUAUUAUACGUCCAAACUCCAAACGCGUAUCUCACCGCCGGUCCCAAUGGCAAAUCCCAGGAAGCUGCUUCUCGUUUCCAACGUUCAACCCUUCAUCAAAUACCCUCCAUUCUAAAACCCUUUAACCACUACACAACACCUAGCCUUAAUUACGUUCAUGGUUGGAUUGAAGAAGAACAUGGGUUGGCUUCCGGAGAUAUUAAGCGACAUUCCCACUCGCCGCAAUAAGAAAGCCGGGCUAGUGGGAAUCCUUGCAUUUGAGACGGCCAAAACCAUGUCAAGAUUAAUCUCUCUCUACAAGUCUCUCUCUGAUGAAGAAAUUACCAGACUAACAAAAGACGUCGUCAAAUCCGAAGGAGUAGCAUUCUUGAAUUCCAGGGAUGAGGAAUUUCUGUUGAGCCUUGCAUGUGCUGAGAAACUUGAAGAUCUUGAUCGUGCUGCCGCUGCUAUUUCUCGUUUAGGCAAGAAAUGCAGUGACGCCAAUCUCGAUCGGUUUGAUCUUGUUUACAUGGAUUUGAAACUCGGGAUCGUUGAUUUCGGGAAAUCGGAUUACGGGUCGAGAGUGAUUGAAAAGAAAGUGCAGAAAAUGGAGAAAUUAGUCUCAGCCACGUCAAAUUUGCACGCAGCAUUGGAUGCUCUAGCGGAGAUGGAGAUUUCAGAGAGGAAGGUGAAGGGAUGGAAGAAGGGUCAUAUGCAGUUGUCGAAUUCAAAUUUCGAUCAUUUUAAUCAGAAACUCGAGAAUCAGCGGAAGGAGGUGCGCAAUUUUAAGGAGAUUUCCCUUUGGUGCAAAACGUUUGAUGAAAUUGUUAGCAUGAUGACGAGAAUUGUGAUCAUUGUUUAUGCUAGGAUUUCCGUUGUUUUUAAGCCAUAUAUUCCUGUUCGUCUCUCCCUUUCCUUGCCGGAAAUGGCUUGUUUUCAGGAGCAGAAAGAGUUUUCCCUGAUCGAACCGAUAAAGCAGCAAAUUCUUCCUCAUUCGGGUCCUAUUAAUUCGAGAGAAGCGAAGCCUGAAAUUUUCCAAUCUUACAGCCAAAAAUCCGAUGUUCUCGUGAAUGAAUAUGAUUGUUUUGGUAAAUACAUAGAAGUAGUAGCGAAAAACAACAGAGUAUUUCAUUCUGCAGGGCCCUUAACGCUGGGCGGUUCAGGGCUGGCAUUGCGUUAUGCCAACGUGAUUCUGUUGGCAGAAAAGUACCUGGAGUCAGCAGCAUCCAUAGGCCGCUAUGAGCGUGAAUCCUUGUACCAAAUGCUAACUGAAAAUCUGAAAGCCCUGGUGAGAACAAAACUGAGCAAAAACAUGAAAUGCAAGGAAGAUGACGCAUUGCUAGCGGAUGGGUGGAGGGGAGCCAUGGCAGAGAUAAUGGGAUGGCUUGCACCAAUGGCCCACAACACGGUGAGGUGGCAGAUGGAGAGGAAUGUGGAGAAGAUGAAGUUUGAUUCGAAACCCGGUGUGCUUUUGCUGCAGACAUUGCAUUUCUCUGAUAAAGAAAAGACAGAAGCUGCUGUCGCUGAGGUCUUGGUUGGAUUGAGUUGCAUGUAUAGAUUUGAAAAUCGCCGAGUAUAUGUGUGAUUUAUGUUGGUGUAUAUAUAUAAUAAAGUAGGUACUUUUCUGACUGUUACGCAGUAAGAUAGCUUCAAAAUUCUACUUGUUUCAUUUAUUCAUCAUGUUCUUGACAUUGAUUGAUCAAUUCCCUGUUUUGUCUCUUGAGAUUGAUUUGUUUGAAAUCAUAUGUUCUGAAAACAGGGAUAAAUUUGACUACUUAUUCUUCA